UACUAAACACUCUUACAUGCUGACCAGGGGCCUGUUGCACAAAAGUAGAAUUAAGACAUCCGGGAUAAAUUACUCAGCUGAGCUCAAUGAAGCCAAAACAUGUGCGUCCAGGCUUAAUUGGUUGCACAAAGACCAAGCCAGGAUGAGCAGACACGGAUUCAUUAAGCCAGGUGAAACCAAUCCUGGAUAGGUGCGCGCUCACGGCUCACUCAAAUAGACCCCGCCACAGAUCACAGAUUAACUGAUUUACCAUGGCAACUAGAGCCGCGUACUUUUCCCCGUCGGAAGCACAAAUCCUCAUGGAGGCAUACGAGGAGGUAAAAGAUAUAAUUAAGAAGAAAGGCAACACCGCCACAGUGAUAAAGCAAAGAGAAAAAGCGUGGCAAAGUAUUGCAGACCGCCUGAAUGCGUAAGUAGUGCACAAUUACACACUCACCGCUCCGCUGAAACAUCACAAUUACAAUUCAAAUAUUUAAUUCACAUCUCCAAAAAUGCAGUUGUACUGUAAUUAUGAAACGGUUAAAUUUUUAAUUGAAAUGCACUGCAGAUAUGAGUGAAAUUGUGUAAAGUAACUCCAUCACACUGUAUAAAGCUAUGAUACAUUUUUUGAUAUUUUUACUGAAAACAAGACAAAAAUACCAAGUAAUUUUUUGCAGUGUGACUCCAUUAAAUGUGUGUGUGUGUGUAGAUUAAACAUGAACGGGCCAAAACGGACAUGGCAGCAGGUCAAAAUCAAAUACAAGAACAUUCUGCAGAAUGCAGUGAAAAAGAAUACCCACAGACAAGGCACGGGUGGUGGGUCACCAAAGGCUGACCUUACCCCAGCAGAGGACAUGGCCUUGGAGCUAAAUAAAGGCAGGCCCGUCUUAGAGGGGAUCCCUGGGGGGAAAGAGACGAGCAUAGGUUCCUCCCAAGAUGCCACCCGCUUCAUUCAAGUGCCUGGCAGCACUGUGUUCCUGUUAGAGCCACCAGCACAAGCACCAGACGAUGCUGAUCCAGGUGAAGGCCCCAGUGCAGCAGCAACAGCACAUGAUGGAGACGAUGAUGAGGAGGAGACCAUCUCUCUGGAUUCCAGAAGGCAUGAGGACCCAGAUGCUAUACAGUGGGAAAACCAGCCUGGCAACAUAAGCUCACAAGCUAUCAGAAAGUUGUAUGGCAACCACCUCCGGCGCCAAAUAGAACUGGCAGACAUAGACAUUCAGUACAAGAAGAAAAAUAUGGAAAAUCUUGCACUGGAGUCCGAAAUAAAAAAGAGGACAAUUAGGAAACUGGACCUUGAAAUAAAAAAACUUGAGAGGGAGCUCCAAGAAGAUGACACAGCUCAAAAUAAAAAUUAGCAAUCAGUACAACCAAGUCAUCGUUAUAAGGCAUCGCCCUCUUUUGCCCACCCCCCCAGCACCAGGUGUGGCCACUAGCCUAUAUGAAGGCCCAAAAUUGUGUGUUCCUUUCUGCUCUGACAAUGGCAUGCCCAUUCGUGCGAGAUGUGGUGGAUGAAGAAGCACUUGUGCUGAGGAGAGCCUUCAGGCGAGAAAGGGUCUUCAGGGACCGGUUGGACCCACUGGCCUUCCCUGAUGACCAUCUAUAUGAAAGAUACAGGCUUUCUGCAGAUGGCAUCAGGUAUCUAUGCAGACUACUGGGUCCCAGGAUUAAGCACCGCACUGCACGGAGCCAUGCACUGAGUGUGGAGCAAAUGGUUUGUGUGGCCUUGCGCUUUUUUGCUAGUGGAGCCUUCCUGUACUCAGUGGGGAUGCAGAACAGCUGAACAAGGCCACAAUUUGCUGCACAAUAAGGAGUGUGUGUCUGGCUAUCAAAGCAUUAGCAGAUGUCUUCAUCUCCUUCCCUGGCCACAGAAGACUCUGUGACAUCAAAGAGGAGUUCUAUAGGAUUGCAGGUUUCCCCAAUGUCAUUGGUGCAGUGGACUGCACACACAUAAGGAUAAAAGCCCCUCAGGUGCCCAUGAGGCCGAUUUUUGUGAAUAGGAAAUCCUUUCACAGCAUUAAUGUUCAGAUGGUCUGCAAUGCUGACUGUGUGAUCAGCAAUGUUGUGGCAAAAUGGCCUGGCUCAGUCCAUGACUCCAGAAUCUUUCGGGCCUCUGAAAUCUAUCAGUGCCUAUCACAAGGUGAAUUCUCUGGUGUGUUGCUGGGAGACAGGGGGUAUGGCUGCCAGCCUUUUCUCUGACACCUUUCACAGACCCCAGGAAGCACAGCAGGCCUACAACCAUGCCCAUGCCAGGACCAGGGCCAGAGUUGAAAUGACCUUUGGCCUCCUGAAGGCACGCUUUCACUGCCUUCACAAAUUAAGGGUCAGCCCUGUUAGGGCAUGUGAUAUUACUGUGGCUUGUGCUGUCCUCCACAAUGUGGCCUGCCUGAGGAAGGAGAGGGCCCCAGAGUGCCACCAGCCAUGGACUGGGACAAUCCGGCAAUCUUCCCUGAUGACGACAGUGGUCGGCUGCUGAGGGACCAAUAUGUGUUGAAUUAUUUUAGUUAGUAUGUGUGCUUUCAAUUUUGGUUAAAUAUGUCCUGCGGUGGCAGAGGAAUUUGGG